UUCCGGCUUCCACUUUCACGGCAGAAGUGCCGAGCGAAUAUGGCUGCCAAAGAGGAACUGCAACUUGGCUUAUUUGACUUAGCAUGCGCUAAGGUAGCCGAAGCACACAAGCUUAUGAACGAAGCUCGUGAGCUGCUUAAGCAGGAUCUCGAUAACCUUAAAGAAGAAAAGACAGCCUUCGAAAAGUUGUCGAAAACCCUUGAUGAAGUCCAUUUUGGAAGUUCGGUUAAGUUGAACGUCGGUGGAAAGAUCUAUAAAACCACACUGGAAACUCUGAGGAAAGAUCCAGACUCUAUGCUGUGUGCUAUGUUUUCAGGAAGACACGAGCUGAAACCAGACGGCGAAGAUGGAGCAUAUUUUAUUGACCGCGAUGGAAAACUUUUCAGGUAAGCAUGGGUGGAUAGCGAGGGAAAUCACUUCCGUGCCCCUCCCUUUCUCUGAAAUUGUGUAACAGCUUUUUGAAGAAUUCUCAUUAGAACGUAUCUACAUAGCUGACUAGUGUACACCCCCCCCCGCGUCUCUUAAUUUUUGGGGUCCGCCUCCCUGGUAAGAGUACAUUCGUAUAACCCCUGUGACAAGAACAUUGAGGUGGGUUCAGGCGUAUGCCGCCUAAUUUCAUACCGCGUGGGGGCCUGGCACUACCAGAUUCUCCCCUUUUAAAAAGUCCAGUUUCAAAAUGGCUUUUACUAGCAACGGCAAAACGUAAGUCAAAGGCAACCAUGUGCCGCCCGGGGUAGGUUAGUGUUAAGGUUAGCCCGGGGUGCAUUAGCAUUAGGUCCGUGUCACGUGAAGUUGGACGUAAUUUAAAAGUCAUUUUACAGGCGUGAACUGAAAAAUGAUUGUAAUUACGUCAUUUCACUGAAUUUUUUUUGUAUAGUUCGUCUAUCUAAUUCUGAUGACUUACUUGGGACUAACUUUCCUUGAAAAACUUUAUACACUUAGAUACAUAUUGAAUUACCUUCGUCAUGGUGAACUUCUUUGUCCAGACGAUAAAAUGCUCAGGAAUGAGCUGCUUAAUGAGGCCAGUUUUUAUCAAGUUCAAGGGAUAAUCUCUCAACUAACAGAAAGCUUAACCAAACGAUCCAAAAUAAUAACGGAAAACAGUCAAGCCUCCACUGUCAUGUCAUGGUUGCCUUCUGGUGCGGACUUUCACCGUUGCUGUGACAACAAAGGGCCUACCCUUAUAGUGAUACAAAGUGAGGAAUACAUCUUCGGUGGCUACACGUCAAAGUCAUGGACAUCACGUAAGUGCUUGAUCAAAUAUAUUUUAGUAUAAAGAUGAAAUGUAUAUUUUCAUAGAGAAAGAAGUCCCUGGGUCGUACAUGGCGUGCAUUUUCAUCUUCUUCAUCUUCAUCGUUAUCAUCAUCGUUAUUACCACCACCACCACCAUCAUCAUCACCGUCAUCAUUAUCAACGGUAAAGGCCAGUACAGUUAAGCAACACAACAAAAAUGACAACAUAUAUCAUUGGUGCAAUAGGAUCAAGUAAACGGAAUUCUGUUGAGGUUUUCGCUUUUUUGUGAAUCAAAGGAAACAAAACCGUACCUAAUGAACAACACAGUCAAGUACUCUUUUGUUUUGACUCACGUUCUUUGUUUUUCCUAUGAGCCACUAUUAAUUUAUAAAGAUUAAUAUCGCGUAUUAAUAAAAUUGAUAUCACCCUAACAACGUAAUAUUGAAACUGGGAGCGAUUGAUAUCAGUCAAUUUGACGGACCAUCAAUUCAUCUAUAUCUAACAACUUCUCCUAUUCACCAUCUAGUCGAAUUACGUUAGUGAUCAUUGACUUCCAUCCAUUGGAAACCCAGUUUGAAAUUAUUUUGGGAAUUUUAGUCCCUUUUGGGUAGGACUUUCACUUCCCUUUACAAUUUGCUUGUUUUUACUGUUUAGCUUCCUCUGUAACCGCCUUUGCUGACAGUGAGUCCUUCUUGUUUACACUAGUCAAUCCUGCUGGGAAAGAAGCGGUAAAGAUCUCUCAAACAUUAGAUGGAGGCAUACGGUGCGUAAGAAAUAUGGGACCAGUUUUCGGUAAUAAGAGCUACUAUGCUCUUACAACUUGGAACGGAAAUCAAUUGGGUUACCUUGAUCUUGGUUAUGGCUUUAACUGUCCCAGUUCUGUGAACAAAAAAGAGUACUUCACCGGCAAUUACUCCUUUGCAAUCACGGAACUAGAAGUAUAUAAACUGGAGUUUUAG